UGUGAAUGCUGCUGUCGAGUGCGGUCUGCGAUAGAAGCAGCGACCACAACUCAGCUGAAUACACAUCUCGUCUUCCUGCAGUUGCUCUUUAUUCAAAUACAAUUGAAUCUGCUUAAUACAAUAGAAUACAAUGGAAUACAACACAACAUCAUUCAAUAGCAUAUAUCUGUGGUGCUGCUGAUAGCGACACCAUCAACCACAGCCCAGCGCAGUCUCAGUAAAGUUCGACCGCCGCACAGAGGCCACUCGUCAACUGCGCGUCGUUGCUUCACAGCGGCAGACAACCAGACAUCUCCAACUCUCCCCAUCCACAAUCAAAGCAUCCGAAUCCAAUGCCAGACAGCUCAGACGGCUCAGACAGUCUGCGUCUAUGGCUCUUGGCCGCCUAUCUGGCCUCGCUGUCCCGGACCGCCGACCUGCGCCGCCUGUUCCGCUCUCAGUACUGGUCCUCGCCAAAGGACGCGCUUGCUAUCCUGCUCAGAUUCAUACCCGAGGCUGCUGAUCCCGAACCAUACGUAGCGCUGGUCUCAGACAUUGCGCGGAAUCAACUGGACGAGGACGUAGCAGCUGGCGGCGACGACUCGAUCGAGCUGCGGGACGAGUUUGAGCUCGAGGAGCUGAUGCCGAGCGAGCUACGACACCUCGACGACGCCGCUGCGCUGCAGAUCCGAAAUAGUCUGCUCGAGGCGUUUGCCGAGUCGCAGUGGUUUGCGAAAUUUGAAUACUACGAGCACGAUGCGGAGCUCACGAUUUCGUCAUGGAUUUUUGCGCGCAUAUACUCUAUCGACUCGUCGCUGGGCGUCAUUGCGAUCGUCAGCGACAUUGUCUCGCUGUAUUCCAUGCCUGCCGCCGUCGUGCAAUGGCGGGAAGGUGUGCUGACGCCGCUGCAGCGGUUUCAGUCGUUUUAUCCCCAGAGCUUUGAUUCGCCGCGGCUGUUCACCCUGCACGACUUUACCUCUGUCGAUCCGAGACGGGUGAUUGAGUAUUUUCUGAGUUACACGACCGCAAAGACAGUCUCGCGCGACGUCGUCUCGAUCGUGACGCCGUAUGUUGAGUUUAUGUCUGAGGUCGGAGGAACGUAUGACAUGCAUCCCUGGCGACAGUUUUUCGAGUGGAUGGUAGCCACUGCAGCUGUGAAGAAAGGUACGAGUAGCAGUAGUAGCAGUCUGCACUCUGGCCGGUUCGGUACGAUUCUGGAGUUGGCCAAGACAUGGAACGGGCCCGAUGACAUGUUGGGGGACACGCAGAUCGAGUACAUCAGCGCCGUGAUUGCGGUGUGCUAUCAGUGCGAGGAGACCACGAACGAGUAUUUCGAAGCAAUGCACAGCAUGCAGAAGCGCGCGACCGCGCUGCUGUCGUCGCUCACAGGUCGGACACCAGCAGACGAAAAAGAGGUCAAGGAGCGGAUGCAGGAGUUUCCGGAUUUCGCGAGCGCGAUGAAGUUCCCCGGUAGUCCGUUAUUCCAGGCCUCGGAGACCAGUCUGAGGAUCCUCGACCACCUGAUAACCUCCGCGUCGAUGGUCUCCGUCCACGUCCCGACAAACCUGCAGGCUGUCACGCGCUUACGCUUCUUUGCUUCACACGAAGCCGAGUAUCAGUUUUUGCUCAAGGUGGUACGGGGUACGUCGAAGGAAUACGCGUACCGGGAUGAUAGUAACUGGCGCGCUUUGCGGAGCGGGGCGCGGUGGUUGAAGAAUAAGAGUAUGGUGUUAUCGCGGUUGUCUGAUGCCGAUAUUGAAAACAUAUUUCUAGGCGCGCUUCUGGACUUUGGACGAAUCGGACUGGUGAGCGAGAUUUAUAUCGAUCCGGUGCAUGCACCAUUGGGUGUGACGGAUAUGGAAAAACAUGUGUUGAAGGCGUUUGAGGAGCAUUAUGAUAACGCUUCGAAUUGUAAUGCAACGCGCGGUAGUCUGAAAACUGCAUCGCAAGUACUACAACUGAUAUAUCCACACAUGACAAAUUCGGUGAAUCUGCAUAAAGCGGACGUGCUACUGAAGGCCACACACGAGCUUUCAAAGUACGCACUGACACUGGUGCACGGCACGCCGCUGACGCCGGUGCAGGUGCGCGCGAACGGGGACGCGGAGGAGAUUGUGUCGCUGCUGCUGCAGUCGAAUGAAAAGGCGUAUCUACAGAUUGACGAGAUGAUCAAGCUUACGAAAGAUUUGAUGUAUGGACUGACGCUUGAGUUCCACAACGUGCUGGCGGCGCCAAAGACGCGGAGUAGCUCUGACCAUGAGGACGGGGGUAGCAAUAGCCAGAGCCGGGCAUCGUCAGUGCCGCCAGAGGGUAUGGAUGAGGAUAUGGUGGAGUUCCGGAUUGCGCGGACGUGUAUAUACUCUGCGCUUGCAGCGGACGACUUCAAGACGGCGCACGACUACUGCAUGCACAGGCUGUGGGUGCACGCGACCGAGAUCGCGCAGCUCGACAGCGAGCUGGUGUGGCAAGUGUUCUUCGCCGCGGGCCGGUACGUGUCGCCGAACUCGUCUGCGCUGACGCCGUCGCCCGGGCAGCUCAAGGGCGGGAUCUCGCCGAUGAUGGCGCUGCAUCUGAGCGGGCGCGUGAAGACGCUGCGGCUGCAGAUGGAUCUGCUGGCGCGGGCGAUGGAUAUCAGUCCGGAGAGGAACGUGUUUGAGAUCCUGAAUGUGUGGCAGGAGUUUGAGGUGCAGGUUGCUCAGUAUGUUGAGGUGCUGUCGUAGUAGCUAGUUGAAGUAAGAAGGCGGCAAACGGUGACGUCAGGCGGUUUCACAAACCCAAAUCCAAACCUAAACCCAAACCCGGCUCAGGGGCAGUUAAUUUUCAGCGGUGGCGGCCGCUGCUCGACGAAGGAGG